GGGAGGCCUAGAGUCCUCGAUGACGCUGCAAAAUCCAGAGCCCACGAUCCCACGCUCGUCAAAACAAAAGAAAUUCCCGAAAGCUUUUACAGAGCGAAGAGCUGUAGGCCAAAAAGCAGGAAGAGCAAUUCAAUUCAAUCGAAAUCCUCAUCGAGAUUAGCGGCCCCCUCCGGCGAAGAAGUGUUUUCCGGAUUUUUGGGUGUAAACAAGAAGGUAACUAUCGAAUAGCGAAGGAGAGAAGAAGACGAUGUUGAGGGUUGGAUUACGGCGUCUUACAUCUCUCUCCUCCCCGUCGUUGAGGCCCAACCAUGCUCUCUCUGCGAUCGGGACGCAGAAUCCCAUUAACCGGGUUUCUGCGGAUUCGUCGCCUUCCGCCGACGAGGUCAAGGCCGACCGUUUCUUCAGCUUUUACUUCCCCUUCCAUGUCCCUCACAGAGGUUUUGCUUCUGGAUCACUUGCCUCAGUAGACGAGGAAGGCAUUGCUCCUGGCACCUUAGCAACUGUGCAUGCUCUCAAGAAUCCCUCACCUAAGAUAGUCUAUGAUGAGUACAACCACGAGCGCCUGCCACCUGGUGACCCUAGCAAACGAGCUUUCGCUUACUUUGUCCUCUCUGGCGGUCGAUUUGUGUAUGCUUCCCUCAUCCGUCUCCUCAUCCUCAAAUUCGUCCUCAGUAUGUCGGCCAGUAAGGAUGUUCUGGCCCUUGCCUCUCUUGAGGUUGACCUCUCCAGCAUCGAACCAGGGACCACUGUGACUGUGAAGUGGCGCGGGAAGCCAGUUUUCAUUAGGAGGCGAACGGAAGACGACAUCAAACUGGCAAACAGUGUCGAGCUGGCAUCUCUCCGAGACCCACAGCCAGAUGAGGCCAGGGUGAAGAACCCAGAAUGGCUGAUUGUUAUUGGGGUGUGCACGCAUUUGGGCUGCAUCCCUUUGCCCAAUGCUGGUGAUUUUGGGGGAUGGUUUUGCCCAUGCCAUGGAUCUCACUACGACAUCUCUGGUAGGAUUCGGAAGGGCCCAGCACCUUACAACUUGGAGGUGCCUACCUAUUCCUUUUUGGAAGAGAAUAAGUUGCUGAUUGGCUGAGUUCUCUCGAGUGUGUUUCUCGAGGCUACACACUUGAUCCUCAAGUUAUUCGUGUUACUUUCAUCGAAUUUUGGUCUAGAUAAUGCCGAAGAGUUCAUGGCAGACAUUGCUUUUUUUUAUUAUUGAUUGAAC